GCCCCACACCUCACCUUUGUUUAAAUCACCGUCUCCUCUCAGUCUCUCUGUUAUAUAUCAUGUAGGCUACAAUAAAUAAAAUACAUAAUACCAAUACCAAAAAUAUUUUUCUUGACAGACUGGUUGUUUUCUGUGAACACGGAGAAAUUGAAUGACCUAAUUUAAAGCCACCCAACCGCAUUGCUAUGGACUCGUCCCCACAAUAACCUAGUUGGGUCGUCCGGAAUAAGCAGCGGUUUUUUGAUUUGAAGAUGACUGCGAACACGAGAUACAGGAGCCGGGUGCUCCGCUCGGAUGAUGUAGAGAGUACUGGAAGGGAAAAGGAGUAUGUUGGAUUUGCAACUUUGCCCAACCAAGUGCACCGGAAGUCGGUGAAGAAAGGCUUUGAUUUCACCCUCCUGGUGGCCGGGGAGUCUGGUCUGGGUAAAUCCACGCUGGUCAACAGUCUGUUCCUCACUGACCUCCACAAGGACAGGAAGCUGCUGAACGCAGAAGAGCGCAUCAGCCAGACGGUGGAGAUCACCAAGCACACGGUGGACAUCGAGGAGAAGGGCGUCAAGCUGAAGCUCACCAUCGUCGACACGCCCGGCUUCGGAGACGCAGUCAACAACACUGAGUGCUGGAGGACCAUCGAGGGCUACAUCGACCACCAGUUUGAGCAGUACUUCAGAGACGAGAGUGGGCUCAACCGGAAGAACAUCCAGGACAACCGGGUCCACUGCUGCCUCUACUUCAUCCCACCCUUUGGUCACGGGCUCCGUCCGGUGGACAUUGAGUUCAUGAAGGCCCUGCAGGAGAAGGUGAACGUGGUUCCUCUCAUCUCCAAGGCCGACUGCCUGACGCCCGGGGAAAUCAAGAAGCUCAAGGAGCGGUUGAGGGAGGAAAUAGAGAAGCACGGGAUCAAGAUCUACCAGUUCCCUGACUGUGACUCGGAUGAAGACGAGGAGUUCAAACAGAAAGACAAGGAGCUAAAGGAGAGCACUCCGUUUGCGGUGAUUGGCAGCAAUGCCGUGGUGGAGGUGAAAGGCCAGCGAGUAAGAGGACGGCUUUAUCCAUGGGGCAUCGUGGAGGUGGAGAACCAGGCCCACUGUGACUUUGUGAAGCUGAGGACAAUGCUGAUCAGGACCCACAUGAACGACCUGAAGGAGGUGACCUGUGACGUGCACUAUGAGAACUACAGGGCCCAGUGCAUCCAGACCAUGACCAGCAAAGUGAAUGCAGAGAACAGGGUCGAAAGCCCCAUCCCUCUGUUCCCCAUGCCCACACCGGAUGCGGACACCGAGAAACUCAUCAAGAUGAAGGACGAAGAAUUGAGGAGAAUGCAACAAAUGCUUCAGAAGAUGCAGCAGCAGAUGCAUGAGCAGGACCUGUGAGAAGGACAGCUUCGUCUGCCAUCUUGAAGAGAGGCGUGUGCACACACACUGAACAGAGCGACAGCCCCACCGGGAAGAAGAGAGACACACAAACACAGAGAUUGUAGAAAAGUGAACACGUAAUAAACAUGUCAUGUAAAGACAUUGAUGAAAAGUGCAAGGAAUGCCUUGUGAACAGGGUAAUGGCUUUGGUGGUGUUUUAACUGAAAGGUAAACUCUAGUUAAGUCUAACUCUAAAACUAAAAGUUGCUUUAUUGAUUUAGCCAUAUUCAAGUAGAAAUAGUUUGCACCUUAGAGAUAGUUCACUGCCCAUAAGGUGGUUUUGUGUGACUGGCUAUGACUGUUUUAUUUGUGUCACUAAUGCACUAUUGCCAUAUAACCCCACCUAUUUAAUGAAUGUUAUGUUUGAAAUUUUGGAUACUUUUAAGAGCAUGCUGAGGAACUCGUUCGACUAACUUCAAGCACAUACAUUUUCUAACUGACUUAUUUAUUAACGAAUCGAUCAAUCACAUCCACUGACUGCUGUGUGUGUGUGAGUGUGUGUGCGUGUGUGUGUGGGGGGGGGCGUGCUUAUGAGUACAUUUUUUAUUAUCCUACAUUGUAUUAACCAGUGUACGUUUGAUAUUAUAAAUACGUGUGGUAAUUAAAAGGGAAUACAAAUAAAAGCAUCAUCGCUCCCUUGGG